UGGUGCGACAACGGUAAGCAUUAGAAAUUUACGGGCAUUCUGAGGCGCUAUCUCGGUUUGAGUCUUUUCACUUUCAAUCCUCUUUGAAAAUGGCUUCCGAAUCUCCCAUUACCCAGGUACCAGAAACCAAUGCUCGUCAUCUCGGCCAAGGCAAUGAUGCAGAUCAGUUAAUUUACCAACAGCAACCUGGUAAUCCAUCCGAUCCAACCAACAGCUCAUUCCCGAAUAAGCUUAAACUCGACUUGAGAGGCACUCGCCUUGACAUUGACCGAGAAACUCUUGUCAGUCUUCCGGAAUCCCUCCUCAUUGUCAUGUUUCCGAACGGUCUUAUUCUUGGAAAAAUGCACGACGAUGACUACGAAGAUGAAGAUGACGAAGGAUCCAAUGACUCUGUAGCCCUGGAAGACCAAGUCAAUUACGUCGACUUUGAUCCAAAGUGCUUAGACUUUGUAUUGCAAUUUUAUCGCCAUGCACAACAAGUAUUUGCAGACGAGCAUAGAGGCGAUAACAACGCUUCGAACUUUCAACAAGGUGCCAACGCCAUGCCCAUGAUCAACCCCAACCAGAAUCCCUUGCUCACCAAGCAAGCUAUUAUCGUUUUACGCGAAGAAUUAGAAUACUUUGCCCUUCCACUCGCCAACAAGGAUGAAAAAUCAACUUCUACUGCCAGCACUUUUAUGCGCCAGUUGAAAAUCGACUGUGGAAAACACUUGCUGGAACGAGACCAGAUCUUCACAGCUUUACAGCGAAAUAUUAGCAAGGAGAAUAAUGUUGCUGAGCAACACCUAAUUGAUAUGCUGUGUGAUUCUGGAUUUUCACGGGACGAUAAAUGGGGAUACAGGGCGAUGGAACCUAUGAAGACUUGCAUUGUCAGUAUCGCUCUUGUCAUGCUCAAGACCACUGGUCCUGAAAAUCAUAUGGCUACCGCUCAGAAAUUACUGUUGUUCUGGAGAAAACCAGCGAGAAAGUGCUGGUGGGAUGGAAAUGCUGUCGAAAUCAAUGAGCAGUCAGUACGACUUUGGGCCAGACGAACAUGGACUCUCGAACUUGCACUAGUAUAAGCCGAACGAUGCCCGCCCACUACACAUACUGCUUUUAUGAUACCCGCAUCCUACUUCCGCUGCAUCCAGAUCCACAAUAACAAACCGUCAUCGUCCAUUUGUUUCUUUCUUCUAGUACACUUCCCUCCGAUUGCCGUUUCAUUACAAAAAGCUGAAGAUGCAAAGCCUUCUUUUACAACCGGAUACAAUUCAACCUUGAAUGCCCUGGCAUUUAGUUUCUACUUCUUUUUCUUCGAUAUUUUUUCCCCUACCCCUUU